AUGGUGGAUGAACGCACGGACGCCGUGGAUGCCUUUAUUUGGCAAUCUCAGUUACGCUACUACUGGGAUGAGGCGAAGGGAAAUGAGAUACGUAUUGCCGACGCGGAAUUUAUUAACGGCUACGAGUAUAUUGGUCUCUGUGGUUGCCUUGUUAUUACGAAGCUCACGGAUCGCUGCUACAUCACCCUUACGCAGGCCCUUCGGCUGAAAAAAGGAGGAGCCCCCGCUGGCCCGGCAGGAACCGGGAAAACGGAGACGACCAAAGAUCUUGCGCGAAACAUGGGUAUUGCAUGUUAUGUGUUCAACUGUUCAGAUCAAAUGAACUACAUCACGUUGGGACAAAUUUUCAAGGGUCUUUCCAUGUCUGGUUCUUGGGGUUGCUUUGACGAGUUCAAUCGGAUUUCCAUUGAGGUGUUGUCCGUUGUCGCAACACAGGUGGGUUCCAUUCUAAAUGCAUUGAAGGAGCAAAAACAGCGUUUCCGCUUUAUGGAUGAGGAAAUCACUCUUAUCACUUCAGUGGGUAUGUGGAUCACAAUGAAUCCUGGGUAUGCUGGUCGUACGGAACUUCCUGAAAACAUCAAAUCACUGUUCCGGCCCUGUGCCAUGGUGGUUCCGGAUCUAAAAAAUAUUUGCGAGAUUAUGUUGGCCGCUGAAGGAUUUGGUGACGCGAAGGACCUUGCGCUGAAGUUUGUGACACUGUAUCGCCUAAACAAGGAGCUUCUUUCACCACAGGACCACUACGACUGGGGUUUGCGUGCUGUGAAGUCUGUGCUAUACAUUGCUGGUGCCUUGAAGCGUGGCGACCCGGAAGUUCCGGAACGUAAUGUGCUUAUGCGUGCGUUGCGUGACACCAACAUGGCGAAGCUCAGUAAAGACGAUGUGUACGUGUUUAUGGGACUUAUUCGCUCCCUAUUUCCCAAUUUGGAGGUCCCGAAGAAGGACAAACCCGACCUUGUGGCUGCCUGCAAGGAGGUUUGCCGCGAACACGGCAACCUCCCCGGUGAGAACGACAUCUUCAUCUUGAAGUGUGUGCAGUACGAGGAGCUGCUACACGUUCGCCACUCCGUCUUUGUGUUGGGGCCGGCGGGUUGUGGCAAAACAGAGUGCUGGAAGUGUCUGCAGGGAGCCCUCACAAAGCUCCACAAGGAUGAGUGGAAGGCGAAGGCGGUUUCUUCCUGCCUAAAUCCGAAGGCGAUUACCUCCAACGAGUUGUACGGCUACUUUACUCCAAAUAAGGAGUGGCGCGAUGGCAUAUUGUCUUCGAUCUUCCGUGACUACGCCUUGGAAUCGAAGAAGAAGCGCAACAUGAAGUGGAUGGUGCUCGAUGGCAUCAUUGAUGCCGAGUGGAUUGAGUCCAUGAAUACAGUGAUGGAUGAUAAUAAGAUGUUGACGCUGGUGUCGAACGAGCGUAUCCCACUGACAGACUCGAUGCGAAUGAUAUUUGAGGUGUCUCACUUGCGCAAUGCCUCACCUGCGACUGUGUCUCGGGCGGGUGUUGUCUUCAUCAACGAGAGUGACCUCGGUUGGGGUCCUUUUAAGGACAAGUGGAUCGCCACUCGAGACAAACGUGAGGGGACGAUAUUUGAUAGCCUCUUUGACAAGUAUGUUCCGUUUGUGUUUGAGUUCUGGAAGCGCAGCAUGCGGCCGAUCGUCUCUAUUAUGGACAUCAACGUCGUGCAGACCAUUUGCUUCAUCUUGGAGGGUAUUUUUGCCCAAAUGCCCCAAGAGGAACUUUCCAAGCACCCAAAUCUCUUUGAAGUUUACGAAAAGUACUUUGCCUUUGCCGUGAUUUGGGCCUUUGGUGGCCCGUUGCCGGGCUCGGACGGCCGCAUUGACCUGCGGACGAACUUUUCCAAUCAGUGGAAGAAGGAAUUUCCGAACAUGAAGAUCAGCGAUGUGGGGUCUGUCUUUGAUUUUUACGUGGACAAGAGUAAGGAUGAAAAUGGCGUCCUUCAAUGCGAGUGGAAGCCGUGGAGCGAUCUCGUCCAACCGUAUGUUCCCGACCCCGACAAGCAACUCUCCACGGUGUCCGUGCAGACGGCAGAUAGUGUGCGUAUGUCGCAUCUAAUGAGCCUGCUCGUGGACAAUGCCAAGUCCGUCAUGCUCGUUGGAACGGCAGGUACAGGCAAGACAAACUUGAUUAUGUCGAAGCUGCGUUCACUGGACAUUGAACAUGUCUUAUUCCGUGUCAUUUCCUUCAACGCCCGCACCUCUUCAAGUGGUCUUCAGGCUGUGAUGGAGCAGUCGUUGGAGAAGCGCUCUGGACGAACCUACGGUCCCUUCAACCGCAAAAAGUUGGUCUUCUUCAUGGAUGACAUGAACAUGCCUGCCCCCGACAAGUACGGUACGCAGGAGGCUAUUGCUCUCCUUCAACAGCACGUUAACUACGGGUUCUGGUACGACCGCGUAAAGAUCAUACAGAAGGAGGUGGUGGAUCUCCGCUACGUUGGCGCCAUGAACCCAAAGUCAGGAACAUUUACCAUCUUGGAUCGUCUUUUGAGGCACUUUGCCGUCUUCUCCACAAACAUGCCCGAAAGAACAGACUUAAUUAGCAUUUACGGACAAAUUCUUCAAGCGCAUACGCAUAAGUUUCCACGGGAUAUUCGUGACACUAUGACGACGCUUCUCACCAAUGCCACUAUUGAGCUGCAUUACUUGGUGUCCAAGCAGUUUUUUCCAACUGCUGUUAAAUUUCACUAUCAAUGGAACAUGCGUGAAAUGUUUAACAUUUUCCAGGGAUUGUGUAAAUCGCACGUGAAAAUUCAUACUAAAACAGGGCAGUUUUCACGACUUUGGGUUCAUGAGUGCAACCGUACAUUCCGUGAUCGCAUGGCGGAUGCGGACGACUUGGCCCGUUACGAUGGAUUACUUUUGGAGGUGCUUGGUCGUGCUGGAUUUCCUGACUGCAAUCCAAAGGAGUUGCUGCAAGAGACAUCGCUUUGGGGUCCGUUCCAUACCACUCCAGAGGGAGAAGAGAACGUGUAUGAUGAAGUCAGCCUUGACGCCGUGCAAGCCUUUCUCGUCAAAAAGUUGGACGAGUACAAUGACAACUAUGCUCGUAUGGAUCUUGUAUUAUUUCACCAGGCUGUUGAGCACCUUUGCCGUAUUGCACGUAUCACUUCUAACCCACGUGGUAAUGCGCUAUUAGUGGGCGUCGGAGGUUCUGGCAAGCAGUCUCUUGCGCGACUCUCAUCCUUUAUUAAUGGUCAUGACAUUUUUCAGAUUUUGGUGACAAGCAGCUAUGGCAUUGCCGAAUUCCGUGCGGAUAUGCAAGAGCUCUAUCGCAAGUGUGGUUUGAAGGGGUAUCCGUUUGCCUUCAUCAUUACUGACACACAGAUUGUGUCGCAAGACAUGCUGGUUUACCUUAACGACAUGCUUGCCAGUGGCAAUGUCCCUGAGCUGUUUAACCAAGAUGAACGGGAUGGUGUUAUUGGCUCCAUUAUGAACGAAGUCAAGGCGGCGGGUUACACAGACUACUCAAACCCUGAUGUAUGCUGGGAAUAUUUCAUUAACAAGGUGCGAUCCAAUCUGCAUAUUAUAUUGUGUUUUUCACCUGUGAGCAAGAAUUUUGCGACGUGGUGUCGGCAGUUUCCUGCACUUGCAAACACGACUGUGAUUGAUUGGUUUUUGCGUUGGCCGGAGCAGGCGUUACGGUCUGUCGCGCAGAGAUUUUUGUCAGAAAUUGAGCUGGGAGGCCCAGAGAUGACGCAGAACAUCGCGGAUUUUAUGGCCUUCUGCCAGGAGAAAGUCACGGAGACCUGUGAGGAGUAUCUUCUUCAAGAGAAGCGACACGCUUACACCACCCCCAAGUCUUUCCUGGAGUUGAUUGCUUUUUAUAAGGAGUUGCUUUCGAGGAAGCGUGACGACCUGAAUGACAGGAAGGAGCGCCUGGUGAGUGGCAUUGACAAGAUUAAGGAAGCUGGGGUCCAGGUGGCGGCCCUACAUGAGGUUCUGCAGAGGGAAAGUGUCGAGGUUGAGGAGGCGCGGCAAAAGACCGCGGCCCUGAUGGAGACGGUGGGUAGGGAAAAGGCCAUUGUGGAGGAGCAGAGCGCCAUUGCCGCCAAGGAGGAAGAGAAGACGAACAAAAUUGUCGCCGAGGUGGGCGUCUUUGAAAGCCAGUGCGCGGAAGACUUGGCAAAGGCAAAGCCCUUGGUGGAGGAGGCUCUUGCUGCCCUUGAUACGCUUGACAAAGCCUCUAUUUCGGAGCUAAAGAAUUUGGGCAAACCCCCAGUGGAUGUGCAGAUGGUUGCCAUAUGUGUUCGGGUACUCACCUCUAAUCCCCGUGCAAUUCCCUCCGUAAAGAAUCGAACAUGGGCGGAGUGCAAAAAGAUGAUGAAUCAGGUGGAUCGUUUCUUGGCAGAGUUAAAAGGGUUUGACGUGAACAACAUCCCGCAAGUGUGCAUCGAUCAAAUUCAAAUGUACAUUACAAAUCCAGGCUUUGAUCCCGAAAACAUUAAAACCAAAUCCUUUGCAGCGGCUGGCUUGUGUAAGUGGGCCAUUGGUAUUAACAAGUACCAUUUGGUGCGUUGCGAAGUUCGUCCCAAGGAGGAGCGACUGGCGGAGGCCCAAGAACGCUUGCAUCAGAGUAAAUCCGCCUUAAAGAAGAUUCAAGACAAGGUUGCGGAUCUGAACGCCAAACUUGGAGCUCUCAUCUCCCAAUACAAUGAUGCUGUGGAGUCUGCAAACGCCAUUGAGCAAAAGGCAAAAAAAACGCAGCUGAAAAUGGAUCUUGCGCAGCGUCUCGUGACUGGUUUGUCCGACGAAAGUGUCCGCUGGGGCAACACCAUUGAACAGCUUCAGGCUGCCAGUGAUCUUUUGGUGGGGGAUGUUCUAUUGGGGGCCUCGUUCGUGUCAUAUAUUGGCCCCUUCUCAAAGGCUUUUCGUGAGCGCGUCGUGCGCGAGGAUUGGGUGCCCAAGGUGAAGGAGCUGGGGAUUCCCAUGACAGAGAACCUUGAUAUUACCAUGAACGUUCUCACGACGGAGGCGACGGUUGCGUCGUGGAACAAUGAGGGUCUUCCUUCCGAUACGGUGUCUACGGAAAAUGGUGCCAUUUUAACAAACUGUACCCGAUGGCCUUUACUUAUUGAUCCACAGCUUCAGGGUAUUAAGUGGAUUCGAACGCGUGAGGAAAAGAACGGACUGAAGGUCAUUCAAACCACACAAAAGACGUGGCAACGAACUCUUCAGACAUGUAUUGAAGAGGGACUUCCAUGUGUCAUUGAGUCCUUGGGUGAGUUUAUUGAACCCGUCUUGGAUGGUGUACUGAGUCGCCAGACCUUUAAGAAGGGAGGCCGUGUCUAUAUCAAAUUAGGGGCAACAGAAGUGGAGUAUAAUCGCAAGUUCCGUUUGGUACUGCAGACAAAACUUGGCAAUCCGGCGUAUGGUCCCGAGGUGAAUGCCCAAACGACGUUAAUCAAUUUUAUGGUCACUGAAGCCGGUCUUGAAGACCAGUUGCUUGCCGUCGUUGUGAACCAAGAACGACCGGACCUUGAAAAGAAGCGAGGCACCUUGCUGCGGCAGAUGAACACCAUGACCAUUGAACUGCAGAAGUGUGAAGAUGGUCUUCUUUAUGAGCUAACAAACGCCACAGGUGAUAUUUUGGAAAAUGUUGCUUUGAUUGAGAAUCUUGAGAACACCAAGAAGAAGGCGAAGGAGAUUAAUAUUUCUUUUGCUCAGGCCGUUGCGACGCAGAAGGACAUUGCUCAAAAUCGUUUGACGUACACUUCUGUGGCCGUGCGUGGGGCGUUAUUGUUUUUCCAAAUUGACCAGCUGUGGAAGAUUGAUCACAUGUAUCAGUACUCCUUGGAAGCCUUUAUGGUGGUCUUCAAUAAGGCUCUAAAGAAGGCUGUGCAGCCCGAGGACAAGAAGGACGUCAAGAAACGUGUGGAGAAUGUGCUUCAGUCCAUUAUGGAGUCCGUCUUUGCGUACGUUUCACGUGGUUUGUUUGAGCGACACAAACUUAUCUUGUCCAGCUUACUGACCUUUGCGAUUCUCCAACGUCAUGGGGACAUUGACGUCAAGCAGCUCGACUUUCUCCUGCGUGGAAAGAAGAAAUUGGGUGUACCGCGCCCCGAGACUGUUUUGGAGUGGUGCCCCGAACCAAACUGGGCAGCUGUGCAGGCGCUUGCCGACGUUGAAGGCUCGGUGCCGCCAUUCAACCUUCUACCAAGCGAUAUGGCAGAAAAUAAUCGCUGGAGGCAAUGGGCAGAGACUGAGAAGCCCGAGUUGGAGAAAAUGCCCUCGGAAUGGAAAAACUUGACACAAUUUCAACGUUUACUCGUACUGCGUUGCCUCCGUCCAGACCGCCUCACAGCUGCCCUGGAGACGUUUGUGUGCGACAGCAUUGGGCGCUUCUUUGUCUCUGACCAGACAGUAGACAUCUCCGUGUCUAUUGCGGAGUCUACCACGAAAACGCCGCUAUUCUUCAUUCUUUCCCCUGGUGUAGAUCCUGUGCGGGCCGUUGAGGAGGCUGGUCGGAAACUGGGCUACACGUACGAUAACGAGCGACUCUAUAACGUGUCACUUGGUCAAGGCCAGGAAAUUGUGGCUGAUCGUGCCCUGGAGAAGUGCUUCUUGCAGGGCGGAUGGGCGCUGCUGAACAAUAUUCACCUUGUCCAGAAAUGGCUUCAAAGCUUGGAGCGGCGCCUGGACAACUACGCGGAAAUUUACACUCGAAUGGCCCAACUGAAGAAGGAGCGGGAUGAGAGGCGCGCGGCCGGGAAGAAAAUUUUGGAAGAGCCGGGCGCUGACGAGGUAGCGGCGGAGGAACCGUACACCGGGGAGGAUUCCGGGGGCUCCAUUGGGGAAGGGGGCUCGGCAGUCGGAGAGGAGCUGGAUGUAUCGGCGCGAGGAGGAGGCGAGGAGUACCAAAAGGAAGCCAAGGGCGGCGCUGAAAAGGAGGCGGCGCAUGAUGAAGACGAGGAGGAUGACGAUGACGAUAUUCCCUUCGAGGGUCCAAAGGGGCAUCCAGGGUUCCGUGUCUUUUUGAGCGCUGAGCCCUCGAACGUGAUCCCGAUUGGUGUCCUCCAGCGCUCCAUCAAGCUUACCUCUGAGCCACCAACGGGUAUUCGAUCCAACAUUGUUCGAGCCAUGACGAACUUUAGCGACGAGCCCUGGGAGAGGAGUGCAAAGCCGACGGAAUUCCGUUGCAUCAUGUUUUCCAUGUGCUUCUUUCAUUCGGUGGUUGUGGAGCGCAAAAAAUUUGGUCCGCUGGGGUGGAAUCGGGUGUAUCCCUUCAAUGCGGGUGACUUGACCACAUGCAUGGAGGUGGCGGCAAACUACAUUGAGGACCGUCCAAAGGUGCCAUGGGAGGACUUACGGUACGUCUUUGGUGAAAUCAUGUACGGCGGACACAUCACAGAUGACUGGGAUCGUGUAUUGUGCAUGGCGUACCUGCGAACCUUUGUCGUCCCUGAGUGUUGCGAUAACCUUCAACUGGCACCUGGAUUGGAGGUGCCUGCACCGAUGAGCUACAGUGAAUAUAUGGAUUGGUUGAACAACGCGGAAGACUUCCCACAAGAGUCACCUCUCCUUUUCGGUCUUCAUCCAAAUGCCGAGAUUAACUACCGAACAGUUCAGGCCGAUGUCCUCUUCCGGACGAUUAAUGAGUUGCAGCCAAAGCAACACGCUGGAGGUGACAUGCUAAGUGCUCAGGAAGUUGUGCAGCAAAAGAUUGAUGAGCUGCGUGAACGUCUCCCUGAGCCGCACAAUCUUCAGGAUCUGGCGGAGCGGCUUGAGGAUGAGCGUACUCCGCAGCAACACGUGUUUUAUCAAGAGUGUGAACGCAUGAAUCUUCUCAUUAGUGUCCUGAAAACCACCCUUGAGGAGCUGGAUCUUGGCCUUAAGGGUGCCCUCUCAAUGACGGCGGCGAUGCAAACCUUGUUUGAUGAGAUUUUCCUGGACAAGCUCCCUGCGGCCUGGGAAAAGGUUUCAUUCCUUUCCCUACGUGCACUUGGUUCAUGGCUGGAAAAUUUUCUCGUCCGAAAUGAUCAACUGAUAAACUGGACAGGCGAAUUGCAGACACCCAAGGUGACGAACAUUGCUCUCUUUUUUAACCCCAUGUCGUUCCUCACAGCUAUCAUGCAGACGACUUCCAUGAUUAACAGCUUUGACCUUGACCAGAUGGCACUGGUGGUUGAUAUCCUAAAGAAGUCGGCGGAUCAGAUUGAAACGAGCGCCCGAGAUGGAUGCUACGUUUCUGGUCUCUCCAUGGAGGGGGCCCGCUGGGACACAGGGCUGGCGUGCAUUGAAGAAAGUCGAAUGAAGGAGCUCUACCCCAAGAUGCCCAUCAUGACAGUGCGCUCCCUGCCGCUGGCUAAGAUUGACCGCCGUGAUCAGUACGAGUGUCCGGUCUACAAGACGCAGCAACGUGGACCCGGCUUUGUGGUCGGUUUCUGGCUUAGGACGAAGCAACCGGCAAAGAAAUGGACAAUUGCUGGUGUUGGUCUUAUCCUUGAUGUGGUGGAGUAG